UCGUCAUACAGCCCGAGUAUUCGAUAUAUUAUAUCGUUUCGCGCUUCGCAGCACUUUUUCCUCGAACUCGGCACGAGCAUACGUGUGCGCAAGAAAGAAAAAGAAGAAGAAGAAGAAGGAAUCCGUCGUCAAAUGUCGCCGUUAAUUUUUUCCAUCUUUCUCGUCCAUCAGCUGUUCAUACUAACGAAUCCAGUCUCGGCGAUACUCAACGGUGACGAGGCGCCUCACGAGGAGUUCGCCUACGCCGUGAGCAUUCAGGACACUCACGGCCGCAAUCUCUGCGCCGGCACCCUCAUCGCAUUGCGCUACGUCCUCACCGCCGCGCACUGCGUCACCAACGCCGACGGCUCCGUGGUCCAUCUGCCCUAUCGCGUGUUCGCCGGCGCGGCCGAUCUCGACUCCAAGAGCUCGAACGUGGCCGUCUCCUCGGUGUCGCGCAUCUACGUGCCCAAGGCGUUCAAGCGACGCGAGCAGUCGGGCGGCUCGUAUCACCAGGCCGAUCUGGCCGUGCUCAAGCUGAAAAUCCCCAUGACGAAUCGCGUGAGACUGGCUCGAAUCGCGGACAACGAGCGGGCGCCCGGUGCCGGGGCGAUCGGUCGCGUGGCGGGCUACGGGGCAUUCGACGUGCGCAGGGAACGCGACCCCGAGACCGGCGAGCAGAGGUUGCACGAGGUCGGCCCGAGGAAUCGUCGACUGCGCUUUUUGUCGCACUGGGUGACGACGCAGCGCAGCUGCUCGUCGUUCUAUCCCGAGAUGGAGCAAGAUCCAAAUGUGUUCUGCGCCAAGUCGAUGCCGGCCGGUCUGUUCGAUCGUAAGGGCGUCUGCGUGGGUGAUCACGGCGCGGCGCUGGUCGACAAGCACAACGAGAUCCUGGGCGUCUGGUCGCAGGGCCCGGACGACUGCAACGACACGGACGGCCACGCGAUCUACACGCGCGUCUCGGUGUAUCGCGAUCUGAUCGAUCGCGCCGAGGCCGACCGCCACGAGGGCCUCGACGUCUGGAAGUACAACAAGCAGACGAGGACCUACGUCAAGUUGAGCAAAUGAUGAUUUGAAAAAUGAUAUAUAUAUAUAUAUACAUAUAU